GCUACUUAAUUAUCUCCUUCUCUCUCUCUCUCCCUCCCUUCCUCUCUCUCUCUCUCUCUAUAUAUGUAUAUUAUCUACAUAUAAUCUUCUUAUAAUUUGACAUAAAUUAGAAAAAUGCCCACUUCUAUUACUCAAGAACCCGAAACGAGUGAAAACCAAGACGAAAUAGUCAUACCCGAACAACUUCAAAGAAGAAAAGUUUCAUAUCCAAAGUUGCAAAGACAUGAUUCGUUAGACCUCGAAGCCGCCAAGAUCACCGGUCAUCGAAUCCAUGGCUCCAAGAAUGUGGAGUGGUCGGUGAUAUUGCACCUGGCCUUCCAAAGCAUCGGGAUAGUGUACGGAGACAUCGGAACGUCGCCGCUUUACGUCUACGCAAGCACGUUUACUGACGGCAUCAAACACGAUGACGACAUCCUCGGAGUCCUCUCAUUGAUCUUAUACACCCUCACGUUGAUCCCUCUUAUAAAAUACGUGCUCAUCGUUUUGCGUGCUAACGAUAACGGCGACGGAGGAACAUUUGCAUUGUACUCGUUGAUAUGUCGAUAUGCCAAGGUGGGUUUAAUCCCAAGCCAAGAAGCCGAAGACUCGAAUGUAUCGAAUUACCAAUUAGAGUUACCAAGCAAACGACUAGAGACAGCAUCGAGACUCAAAUCAAAGUUGGAGAAUAGCCAUUUUGCCAAGCUCUUUCUUUUGUUCGCCACCAUGCUUGGCACCUCUAUGGUCAUCGGUGAUGGUGUUCUCACGCCAUCCAUCUCAGUUUUGUCAGCUGUUGGAGGCAUCAAGGAAGCUACAUCUAAAAUGACAGAAGUCUCGUGUCAGAGCGUCCAUACCUCUGAGAAAUAUGAAGGCCAAGUCUACAUCCCCGAAAUCAAUUACAUACUCAUGCUUGCCUGUGUUGGUGUCACUGCGGGUUUUAAAAGUACUGAUAAAAUCGGUCAUGCUUACGGAAUCGCGGUGGUGUUUGUGAUGACCUUAACAUCAUCAUUUCUGGUGCUCAUAAUGCUGAUGAUAUGGAAAACGAAUAUACUCUUCGUUAUCAUCUAUGUUCUUAUUAUCGGCUCAGUCGAGUUGGUCUAUUUGAGCUCUGUACUUUACAAAUUUGACCAAGGAGGCUAUCUCCCAUUAGCAUUCGCCGUUGUUCUAAUGACCAUUAUGUACGUCUGGAACGAUGUUUAUAGACGAAAAUACUAUUACGAGCUCGAUCACAAGAUCUCUCCGGAGCACGUUAAAGAGAUCAUAUCUAGCGACAACGCUAACGUGUGUCGAAUCCCAGGGCUUGCCAUGUUUUAUUCAGAGCUUGUUCAAGGCAUACCGCCCAUCUUCAAGCACUAUGUUGCUAAUGUCCCGGCUCUACACUCAGUUCUUAUCUUCGUCUCCAUCAAGUCCCUCCCCAUUGGAAAAAUUCCUGUGGAAGAAAGGUUCUUGUUUCGUCGAGUGGCGCCUAAGGAGCUCAAUAUGUUCCGUUGUGUAGCAAGGUAUGGAUAUACCGACGUGCAUAAUGAUCAAGAACCAUUUGAGAAGAUGUUGAUCGAGAAGUUGAAGGAGUUUAUAGAAAGAGAGUUCUGGUUAGCCCGAGUUUCAGCUGCCAAGAGAAGUAGUGGAGACAUGGUAGGUGAUGAUCAUGAUCACGAUGAUGAUCAGAAUGGUGAUAAUCAGAUGGUGGAGAAGGAGAUAGAGUUGAUUGAUGCAGGAGUGAGGGCUGGGGUGGUGCAUUUGAUGGGGGAGAAUGAGGUUGUGGCAGCGAGAGGAAGUGGGAUUAUGAAGAAGAUAAUGAUUGAUUAUGCCUUCAAUUUCUUGAAGAAGAACUUGAGAAUGAGUGAUAAGGUAUUUGAUAUUCCUCAUAAGCAGCUGCUCAAAGUUGGAAUGACUCUUGAACUUUAAAACAUAAA